CACCUGUUUCAGUCUCCCAAAGUACUGGGAUUAUAGGCAUGAGCCACUGUGCCUGGGUGAGACUUUGCUUUUAAAGAGAUUGUGUCACAUAACAGCCUUCCUAUAAAAGGGAUUAGAGAAGCCAGACACAAAAGGUCACAUACUGUAUGAUUCCAUUUAUAUAAAAUAUCUGGAAUAGGUAAAUCCAUCCAGACAGAAAGCAGACUGGUGGUUCCAGAGGCUGAGGGUGGGGAGGGAUAUGGAGUAACUGCUUGAUGGGUGUAGGCUUUCCCCUUGGGAAUAUGAAAGUAUUUUGGAACUACAUAGAGGUGGUGGCACAACAUUCUGAAUGUAUUGAUGAAUUGUUCACUUUAAAAUGGCUAAUUUUAUGUUAUGUGGAUUUCACCUGAAAAAAUUUUUAUUGGUUUCUUGAACACAAAAAGGAGUUGUAAACUAACUCAAGUAGUGCUAAGAUCUGUAAGAUACUUUAGUCUGCAAAAAAAAAAAAACCUAGAAAUCCAGAAUCUUCUUUUGGGAAAAGGAGGGUCUCAUACUGCUCUAGUGUGGUACUCCUAGAAGUAGUGGAAGGAACUCAUGUCCUGAUAUUCAGCUCAGGAAAACCUCUAAGUGGGGCUGGCCCCUUUAAGACUCAGAGACUGUAAUCUGGUAGUUAAGGAGUCAUAAUCACAAGUUUCUUGGGUAAUUCUCCUUAGAAAUGUAGUUCUUACCUUCCAGGAUCAGAAGUACUGAGGAGCAGAGCCAAUCUUCUCUGUUUGGUGAUAGAUAUAUGUAGAUGGGUUUAUAUGACUUUGAGUUUAGUUUAUAAAAUUUAGAUGUCCCUGUCCUAGACAGGGGACAGUGAUAUUUAGUUUGGGUUCUUUUCUACCCUGUGGAGAACAGAGUUCAGUGAAAGGGAAGCAUUUCUUUGAAAUGUGGUUCUAUGUGUUCAGUCCUAUUUCCAAAACGCAGGAGGGAAUGGAAGGGAAAACGUCCUGGCUCAAGAAUACCUGUAAAACUCAAUUGCUGUUGUAAAUUCAUCUGCCAAAAACAGUGCCUGUAACCCAUGUGGAGAAACAACACUUUGGGUUUCUGUACAGAUUUUUCAUGAGUCCAGGAUUCAUGGGCAGCCAGUGAUUAGGAAUCCUCAAACACUCACACUCUAGAGUGUGAAUUCAAGAGAGGUGAAUUCCAAGUUCAGAAUUUGGGAGUAGAGAGUUGCUGAAGCCCACCAGCGUGAGUGCUUGUGACCUGGGCACACAUACCAUCAUACACACACCUCCUACAUAGACCCUUCUUCUACCAGGACAGGGAGCCAAACUGAUUAGUAUCUAUCACUGCAGGAAAUAGUGGCUUGGAAAUGGACAUGCUCCAGGACCUUGAGUCCCUGCAGUUUGAGUAUGGGGUUCCAGAGGAAGAUCGUAUCUGGCUGUAUUUGCAGGGCCGUUCUCGGGGACUGAUGAUAGAAGCUUGUGCCCAUGCAACCUUCUUCUGCAAACUAUUAUAUAAUUUGAGGAAGGCUACCCAGGCCUUCACAGGUCCUGUGCCAUUGAUGUUCAGGUCAAACUCCUUAGUACUGUGCUCUUUCUGUCUUCCUUUUUCCCUCCCAGGUGAGCUCCAGAAGCUGGGAAUCAAAUGCUUUUACCAUAACGCUGAUCUGGUGAGUUGGGCCGACGUGAUAUUCCUCUGCUGCUUGCCAUCUCAGCUGCCUAAUAUCUGCGUAGAAAUUCACACCAGCCUUGAGAAGACCAGCAUUGUGUACAGCUUUGUAGCUGCCGUCCCACUACCCAGGCUGAAACUACUGUUGAACCACACCAAUAUCUUGCGGCCUCAGUAUCAGUAUGGUGAAGAUUCUGUCAGCAUCUGGGGGGCCAAUAAGAAAGUCAUAGCUGCUCUCCAAGAUCCUACGAUUCUUCAAGCUACCUGUCCCUACAGUCCUGCUGGGGGAAUAAUCCUCAAGAUCAAGUGGUUGGAGGGAGUGUUUUAUGCGGCCCUAAACAUAUGCACAGCAAGAAACAUGGCCCACUCCCAAGUGCUGCAGCUUCUGAGUGAACUCUUUCUCUCCGUGCACUUUGAAGACUGUGGGAAAGACACAGCAUCUUGCCCAAAGUUUCAAAUAACAGAUUUUGUCAGCAAAGCCUAUGGCAAGAACUUGUCUCAGGAAAGGCCUUUCCCCUGGUUUGAUCUGACUGCUGUGCAACUCAAGGAAACUCCGUUUAGCCAGCAUCUCUCAAGCAGUCCUGUUCUCCAAGACCACCUUACCCAUCUGUACUGUGCUUCAUUUGGCAUCUCCCUAACCAAAGAACAGCCAGUUGUUUCCACAGGCUCUCCAUCCCAAUAAGAGAACUCGGGAAUCAGGAUUUUUUCCCACUCACAGAUUUUCCCUACAAUAUCAUGCCCUGAUUAUCACAAUUGACUGUGGGAGUCUUGUGACUGUAUUGUGUUUGCCACAUGAUAGACAUCAGGAAUUAGAAAACUGUACUGAUGAGGAAAACGUAGAAUAAAACAAGUGGUCCUAUCCAUCAAUAUGUAUCUGGCUUUCAGAAGCAACUAGUGAAACUAUACAACCUAACUUAAGUAAGCUGCUCCCGCAGAAAAGCCUUAUUAAUACAAAUUAUUUCUCUUCUAAAAUCCAAGAAGUUAUAAUGUUAUAAGUUUUAGACAAUUACAUACUGCAGCUUCUUUUCCAAUAAAUCAAAUUUCAAUCCAUUUGCCAGCAGUAGGUAGCUGGAAAAAGAUAUAGUUUGAUUUUCUCACAAUUUUGGAUAGGGAAGUGAAGGUAUGGUAAACCAUCUUAAUUGAAUUAUGGCUUCUCUCAUGCUUAUUUUGACUAUAUAUGACUGUUCUUGUACUAGCUUAUUUACAGCUGUUCCCAUUUAAAUCAUUUUAAAAACUGGUAUUUAAUGGCUAAAACUAACUUUGCAAAAUAUAGAUCUGUAUUGCAAAUUUGUUGAUUUCCUUUAUGUUUUGCAAAUACUUUUUGUCAAUUAUAAGAGUUGAAAACAACAGGGAUGUCACUAUGCUCUGUCAUAGAACAUAACUGCUGUUUGCUAAAUGCUAAACGGCUUUUGAACAAAACCUUUCGCUAUAUAUGUAAAUCACCAUGGUCUUAGGUUAAUCAUUUACAUUUCGUUUUUUCACAUAAUCGUGAGCCAGGCAAAUGCAAUGGUAUGGUGUUAGAAUGGUUUCUGAUAAAAUUUUGUUAGUCCAAUUUGGGAAAAUAUUAGGUUCAUCAUCAAAUAUUAACACUUGGCAUGAACGUUCAUUUGAGGCACUCUUGCUUCUGUCAGUGGAAAAACAGAAAAAUAUAUCUUUUACUGUUCAUUCAGGUGUAGGGAACUGGAGGUUCAUCACUGUCCUUUAGAACUGUUGUUAGCCCACAGUUGUUUUCAGGAUUAAAAUGUGAGUUCAGGAAGAGAAUGAGCAGUUAAAUCUGUAAAACUAGAGGGGAACUGGAGCCAUUCAGGUAACGAGAAAUAUUUUAUAAUUUCUUUUUUAUUUUUAUUUAUUUAUUUAUUUUGAG